AUGGAAGCCAAAACAGACGAAACAACAGGGCCCAUGGCUGGAGAAGAAACAGCACAGGAGCCGGUGCAAGAGCAGCCGCAACACACACCUACGCCAUCGGAGGGCGAAAGCAACGAAAACUUCGAGCAACAAAGCGACAGUGAGCAGAAACAAAACGCCGAAGCGCAAGAACAGCUGGAGCCGGACUUUGAGCAGGACAUUUAUGCGAUCCGAAGCCACAAGAACGGCGGCGAAGGCGUGACACGCAAAAAGGUGAUUCGAAAAAGCGCCAGAGACGAAAGAGAGCGGGACAUAACGCCUGCUGUCGAAAGUUACGGCGACAACUCUGGCGCCGAAGGGUACGAGGACCCGCUCACGCAGCGCAGAAGACAGUUGGAGGAGAAAAUGGACCUUGCCGUCAAGUCCAAAACAAGCAGACGGAAAAAGGCCGACGAAGACGACUUGGAGCGCAUGCAAGACGACCGCAUCGACCACUUGAAGAACAAAAUGAUCGAGGCCGCCAACUUGGACGUGGAGAAAAACUCGCAGGGCCAGAUCGCCACGGAAAAGUUGAAGAUGUUGCGCGAGGUCAUGGACACCAUGACUAAGGCGGACUUGGCCAUUCUGAUUUUGGACAACAACUUGCUAGAGGCGGUGCGCUUGUGGCUCGAGCCCUUGCCAGACGCCUCCAUGCCCGCCUACCAGAUCCAGAAGGAGUUGUUGCAGUCGUUGGGCGCCUUGCCCAUCAAAACAGACCACUUGGUGGCCAGUGGCAUUGGCAAAGUGUUGGUUUUCUACCAGCGCAGCAAACGGACAGAGCCCAGCUUGAAGAAGAUCGUCGACCGCUUGAUUGGCGACUGGACGCGGCCCAUCUUGAACAAGUCCGACUCCUACAAGGACAGGACCAUCAAGUUCCACGACUACCACAAGGCACGUUUUUCGAACCAGUUGCGGUCGCUGCGCAAGAAGCAAACAGAAGCCAAAUCGCUCUAUGAACAGCAGGCCGAGCGCCGGAACAGAGCGGCCAUUCCGGCGGCUCGAACAACAGCGUACAAGAUUGCGCCUAAAGUCGAUCCAAGUUUGUUGAUGCGCCAACAACGUGGAGCAGGCGAGAUGUUUACUCGGAUCAACAGAAAAAUGACCGGGGCCAAGAAGAAGUCGGUGAAAAAAGCCGGGCCUUCGAUCGAGGGCAAGAGUUUGUCGAUGUAA